GCAAUGAGCGCCACCGGGCCAACAGGAAUUGAUCUUUCAGCGGAUCAACGGCCAAAGAUUGUAGCUGUGCUAAUUACGACUUGGAUCCUGGCCUUUUUGACGGUCUCGCUAAGAUUCACCGCUCGAAUUUUGGUCAAAGCCGGACUGUGGUGGGAUGAUUGGGUGGUUCUAUCGUCGCUGAGUCCAGCGACUAAUCUAUGUACAAACAAACAUGCAGACGUUCGACAUGGGUUAGGGCUGCAUCUCUGGGCUGCGCCUCCCGGCUCGGUCUCAGCCUUCCUCAAAUCCUUGGUCAUUGCAGAGCUCUUCUAUGUGGCCGCCACCGUUGCCAUCAAACUUUCUAUUCUGCUCUCCUACCGACGAAGUUUCCGAGUUCCUCACGUGCAGAAGGCGACCACAUUUGUUGCCUGGAUCGUGUUUGCCUGGGCUCUAGCUUGUAUCCUCAUUGUUUGCUUCCAAUGCAUCCCCUUGCAGGGGUAUUGGGACAAGAGCAUCCCGGCCAAAUGUGGAGUCAACAACCGCGAUUACUUUCUGGGAAAGUCCAUCCCGGACACGGUCACCGACAUUGGGAUUCUGAUGAUCCCAAUGAGAGCCAUCUGGGAGCUGCACACCACCCGGACGCAGAAGACAAUUCUCACCCUGACUUUUUUGAUGGGGGGCCUCGUGAUUGUCAUCUCCAUCAUCCGACUCGUCUGCCUCAUGAGUGUCGAUCUUAGCUCCGAAGACAUUACGUGGAAUUUCGUCCCGUAUCUGAUCUGGACCUGCGUAGAGCUGAACAUCGGCACCGUUGCUGCUUGUUUGCCUUGCCUGCGGCCCGUUUACACAUAUUUCAGGGAGAAGACGGGGCUAUCUGGUAGUCGUCCCAGCGCGGGGUCCUUUCCGAACCCCCAAGGCAAGAUUUGUUCUGGCCGCACUCCGUGGCGGCUGUUUUCGGAUGAUGACGAGUACCGGUAUGGAGAUCAGGUUCCUAUGCAGGCUGGCGGGGGGAUCACCGUCCACCAUGACUACUUGGUGCAGACAAAAAGCGCCUCACGCAGUGGCGGCGACGUGCCAUCCCAUUAA